AUGCGAUUGCGGGUCUGAUUCGACAGCCAUGACGUUCCGUUGCUUUGCUGAAGCAUUUGAUUGGGAACAGCAUCGACAGGAGAACUACAAUCGAAAACUACCGCUGGGAGCUGAAGCGCACCAGCAGUUGCACUCUGGAGGAAAAAGCAGCAACAGCAAAUAGGCAGCAAGAUGCUCAAGGGAACCGCGCUCGCAACCGGGCGGAGUGAGCCGCCAAAGCCUCCACCCCUGCAGUCGGAUUUGAUAUUCCGAGACAACUUUGAAUCCGGAAAUCUCGGAACCGUGGAGGUCAUAUCCGAGUGGGAAUUCGACAUUUCGAUCAGACCGGACACCUCCAACGACAGGCAUCGAGUUUGGUUCUACUUUAGUGUCGAGAACGCCAAACCCAACCAGAGAAUUAUUAUCAAUAUCAUCAACUUUAGUAAAACAAAGAGCUUGUAUCGUAAUGGCGCCAGCCCAGUGAUCAAAUCGGAACAGCGGCCUCAAUGGCACCGCAUUCCCUCGAAGAGCGUCUUCUACUACCGAUCACCGCGCCACAAGAAGAGCUACAUCAUGUCAUUUGCAUUUACCUUCGACCGCGCCGAUGAUGUAUACUACUUUGCAUAUAGCUUUCCAUACACUUACACGGACCUGCAAAUGUACCUGCAAGAAUUGGAGAACCGGCAGCUGCCCUAUUUCGAUCGCGGCCUUCUGGGAUAUAGCGAGCAAGGGCGCAGGCUGGACAUCAUCACAAUCACCUCAACGUCUCCGGCUGAAGAAAAGCGAAAGAUUAUAUUUAUCACGAGCCGCGUUCAUCCCGGAGAAUCUCCGGCGUCGUGGGUUUGUGCCGGAAUCAUCGACUUCUUGACAAGCGCAGAUCCAAAAGCUGAGACCCUGCGCCGGAACCUAGUCUUCAAGAUCGUGCCGAUGCUCAAUCCGGACGGGGUCUUCCACGGAAACUACCGAUGCUGCGGACUGGGCUACGACCUGAAUCGAUACUGGCAAAAUCCAAAGAUUGAACAGCAACCCACGAUUGUGGCAACCAAAAACCUUUUGAUAGAGUACAAGGAUGAUCCAGCCUACGAGCUUGAGUUUUACAUUGACAUCCACGCACACAGCACCUUGAUGAAUGGAUUCAUGUAUGGAAAUGUGUACGAAGACGACGAGCGAUGUCAGAUCCAAAAUGAGUUCCCAAGACUUCUUGACUCGAAGCUGCAGGAUUUUUCCCUCAAAAACUCGUCGUUCAACAAGGAUGCACUCAAGGCCGGAACAGGCAGAAGGCAAGUGCAAACAUCAGUCGACUACAUGAGAAUGCCCACGGCGCAUUAG